ACCUUUUUUGUUUCUAAAAUGACUAUAUGCAGUUUCUUUCUACAAGGUCGGUGUCGGUACGGAGAGAAAUGUUGGAAUGAACAUCCAAGAGGUGGAAGAGGAGGUGGAGGUGGAGGUGGAAGUGGAGGCGGAGGCGGAGGUGGAGGUGGAUAUGGAGACUACAACCGAAGUGGUGGAGGGUUUGGCAACCGGGUAUGGGUGAAUCCAUCCCAACGGUCUGGAAACUACGUCCAGCCCUCGUCUUUCCCUCGUGGAGGGAAUGACUGGAACCGAGGCAACAGCAGCACAGAUAAAAGCUCAAACUUCAGUUUCACCACCCAGAACAGAUUUGCUACCUUAAACACCCAGAAUACCUUUGAUAGAGGUGAUCAAGGACGAGGAGAUGAAAACGACAGACUCUUGGAAACCAUUCAAAAAGACAUGGAGAUUUGGGAGGGAUCAGGCCAGUGGCCCUUUUCCUGUUACUCUGUCCUCAAAGGCCCAAUCUCAGGAUUCAUGGAACUCUCUCCUGAGGAACUUAGACUGGAAUAUUAUACUGGUAGAGCAUCUGGAGAUCUGCAGAACUAUGCUAAUUCAGUUCAACAGUUGGCCAAUCAAUGGAGGAAUCGAGUUCAGGAGCUAAAAGCAAUGAAUCCUUCCAUGAGAACUGCCCUGAUUUCAGAGUUGAACAAUCCACCAUCAUCCCAAAUUCAAUCCCAGACGCCAUCUGUUGGGUUUGGGGCACCAAACUCUGGGUUUCCCUCAUCAACCCCUGGAUUGACAUCAUCAUCAUCUGGAUUUGAAACAGGAGGGUUUGGCCCCGUGAGUCAAAGCUCUGCUAGCUUCAGUUUUGCUUCACCCAACCCUGGCUUUGGAAACACUGGGACCCAGCCAUCCGCUCCCUCUGGCUUUGGCAACACCACUGCUGGAAGUGGACAAGCGUCAUCAGGCUUUGGUUCUACAGCUCCUUCAUCUGCUCCCUCAGCUUCAUCUUUCUCCUUUGCUAGUCCAUCAGUGAGUAAAGAAAGCACCAGUGUCUUUGGAUCUGCUGCAGCAUUCAGUUUCUCUUCCUCCACCACUGGAAGCUUUGGCAGUGGUUUUGCCCCAGCUAACCCAUCCAUGGGUACUACCUUUGGUCUGCCCAGCAGUAGUGGGGCUUUCGGGGGCACUGUGCCUGGGGCAGUCACAGGCGUGGCUGCAGGCUCAGCUGAGAGCCUCUUUACUGCAAAGACUGAACUCACCCCUGAUGAACUGAGGGAGUUUUCAGCAAAGAGGUUUACUCUGGGACAGAUCCCUCUUAGACCUCCACCAGCUGAUCUGUUGGUGGUGUGAUGUAAAUUCUGUAUA